AUGCCGCCAGCGCCGGUGCCGUACGGCCAGCGGCAGCACCAGCAGCUGCAGCAGCAGCAGCAACCGCCUCGGCCGGGCCUGAGCGCUCGACCGCGUGCGACAGCCAGUUCGUCCUACGAGCAGCGACCGUCGUACGAGCAGCGGCCAUCGUACGAGCAGCGGCCAUCGUACGAGCAGCGGCCGUCGUACGAUCACCGACCGCCGUACGAUCACCGUGCGUCGUUCGAUCAACGGCAGUCGUACGAACGAAGGCCGUUAUCCGCAUCUCCCGGUAUCGCCGCGGUUCGUUCGUACAGCACGGACGUCCCUCCCGAUUUUUACAAUCCGCGACCGCUUUCGGCAGCAGCGGGCGUGCCACGUGGCCGCAGUGUGAGCGACGACGAUGGGUAUACCGGAGACGACUCGACGUCAGGUCGACCAAUGGUUGACCGACCCGUGGAAGGCCGACAAACCGGUCCGUCAUCCGGUUAUCCCGCAAACCCUUAUCAGGCCCCUCAUCAGGCCCCUUAUCAGGCUUCUUAUCAGGUCCCUUAUCAGGUCCCUUAUCAGCCGCCGCAGCCGCCGUACCAUCACUCGCAGCUUAGUCCUCACGGCGGCGACAUUGCGUUGAAAAAGCCUCUUAGUCCGAGACAGGUCAGGAGCCCUAGAGCGCUUAGCCCGCUCGCUGCUGCCGCGUUCGGCAUGCGCGGGGGUUACGGCGCGCCGGGGAGGGGGAAUGAGGAGUGCGUGUACGGGGAAGACGAGGAGGGGGAGGAGGAGGAAGGCCGCGAGCGCAGCUUGCGCGCGGGGAUAUUGAGGGGCGCGGCGGCGCUGAGGGAGCGGCAAGCGGGGUCGUCGGACGACGGCGCGAGUACCUCCCCCACGUCUAUUGGCUCCCCCGGGGUUCUGCCGGGCGGGGGCGCGGGAUGGAGCGGAGGGGCCGGCGGAGGAUUAGGCGGCGCAGGCGGAGGAUCUGACCCGUCAAAUCGUCCUAGCACUGCGAGCAGCACCAGCAGCACCAUGAGCGGCGGCGGCGGCGGGUUUGGCGGAGGGUUUGGCGGAGCGGGGAGUAGCAGCAGCAGCAGCAGCACGGGGGUGACGGUGAUACGCGGAGUCAUGGCCGGCGGAUCCGUGGGUAGAAGCGGGGGAACAACCCUAGCGGGAAAGCAGGUGGUGAUUCGAAUUCGACCAAGAGGCGGCUCCAUAGACGCGUCGCACGGAGUGGGUUCCACCAGCAGCAGCAGCGGCGCUGGCGGCGGCGACGGCGGCGGCGGCAGCGCGGCGGACGUAGGCAGUGGCGCGGCGGCAGCGGGUUUCACGGCGACGGUGACGGCUGUGCUUCCGGCGGGCGCGGGGUCCCCCCGUUCCCCGUCCAGCGCGCGCAAACGGGAGGCGGGGGGGGCGGGCGCGCCUGGCGCGGGCGGAGGGAGGCUAGAGGGGGUAGGUAGGCACACAUUCGCAGCAGGCAGCACAGGCGGCGAUGGUGCUACGGAAGGCGGGUAUUCCCGAGAGGCCAACCUCACUCUCCCUGGCAAGCGAACCGACGCCUCGGCCGAACCUAGGUUCAAAGGUGUGACGCGGUUAGGCUCGGUGGCGGCUGCCGAAGCAGCAGCCGCGGCAAUUGCGGUGGCAGACGCGGCGGCUGUAGCGCAGGCGGGGAAAGCGGGGUGGGAGCCGCCUCUCAGCCCCCCAGGGGUGCCCGCCAUCCCCGCGGAGGGCCGUCUGAGCAGCGAGGGAGACGUUUUUCUUGAGUAUCUGCGCAAGGCGGGCGAGGGGAGGGCAGCUGCGCAGUAUGACGUGGCAGUGUGCUACGGAGGGGGCUUUGGCGUGAAGCAGGAUAAGUCCCUCGCCGCGUACUGGUUCCGAAAGGCGGCAGAGCAGGGAUUGGCGCGCGCACAGUACGCUCUAGCAGAGUGCUACGAGGCAGGCGCGGGCGUUGAGAGAGACGAAGAGGAGUCCUUCCGGUGGUUCUUCCGGGCGGCGAGCUUCGGCAGCGGCAAGUACUUAGUCAAGCUGGGGCUGUGCUUUGAGCGGGGAUUCGGCGUGACAGAGUGUCCUGUAGCGGCGCUGUACUGGUACCACAAGGCGGCGGAGCAGGGGCCGAAAUUCGCAGCGCAGGUGGAGAAGCGCAUGGAGGUGCUGCAGCGGCAGCGGGAGGAGGAGAUCAUGAGCGCGCGGGGGGAGGGCGUGCCGGUGGAGUGCAUCUGCCCGCUGACAGGCAGGAUGAUGGAGGACCCGGUGGAGCUGCCUGAGACGGCCGUGUGCUGUGAGCGCGCCCAGGUCAAGACGUUCUGGGACCACUGCGAACUCAGAUGCCCUGUUACCAACCAGGUGGGUGGGUUACAAACCAGGUGGGUGGGUUACAAACCAGGUGGGUGGGUUACCAACCAGGUGGGUGGGUUACCAACCAGGCUUCCUCCUCUCAUGUUUAAACCCUUCACCCUUGUCUUUGCACUCUUCCCACCUUCCCUCCACCCACCCACCCACUUACUCUCCCUGCGCCAGCCUCUCAAGGUGAAGGACAUGAAGACAAAUCUUGCCAUCCGGCGCCGGGUCACUGAGUGGAAGUGCAAGCGGCAGGCGGAGCAGGAGGCGCUACAGGGGCCACGCAAGCGGCAGGCGGAGCAGGAGGCGCUACAGGGGCCAGUGGGGCCUCGGGCGUCCACCUGCCAGGCAGUCGAGGGCGAUGAGUGGGGGACGGAAGGGGAAGACGAGGGGGAGCACGGCCGGGCUUAUGGGCCGCACGAGGAGGAGGAGGACGAGGAGGACGAGGAAGGGGAGGAGGGUGUGGGUGGGACGGCGGUGGACAAGUCAAGAGAGGGGGACAGCGAGGAGGGCGAGGAUGGAGAGGAGGGAGAGGUGGCCGUGGGGCGGGCGUUGGCUCGUGAUUCGUCCCGCGACCUGUCUCACAGCUACAGCCGAGGCUCCUCCUCCCGGGCGUACAGUGAGAGCGUGCCAUCUGAGCCGUCCAUGCGCCGAGAUGCGUCCCUGGACGAGCCUAGGAGAGUCAAGGUGUCCAUGCCCCGGGGUGGGUCAGUUGGUGGGUCUGUGAGAGGGGAGGGUGUUGUGAGGAAAGAAGGGUACUUGUCUGGAGAAGGGUUGGAAGCGGAGGGUUGGGAGGAGGAGGAGGGGGAGGGGGAGGGGGAGAAGAGGGAUCCGACGGAGCUGCUACUGGAGGAGCUGGCUCAGGCCGAGCUGGACUAUGGCUUCCCUGGGGCUAAUGUGAGUGCUCUUAUCACAGAGCGCUCUUAUCACAGAGUGCUCUUAUUACUGGUGCUCUUAUCACUGGUGCUCUUAUCACUGGUGCUCUUAUCACUGCAUCUCAAUGUCCACACUUCUCUGCCUGUCCCUCUAUCUCUCCUCCCCCGAUCCCACCCUCUGGAGGCGAGUCCCACCAGCACCGAUCACAGCACAGUCACACCAGCAUUCUUCAUGGCACGACCGCCUGCCUGCUGCCUGCAUCGCUUCCGUCCACCCUAUGCACGUGAUCCGCGCGCUGCCGUGCGCUGUGUUCAGAUUCUCACCGGCACAUCCCUCUGCGUGCCCUGCCCCUCCACCUCUCUCCCUUCUCCCCCCUCCUCUCCCCACACCCCACCCGUGCAGGUGAGUCCGCGCACGGUGAGUCGGCGGAGCCAACCAGUGAUUGAUUGUGGGCCGCGGUGGGCGCUGGCACGCUACCGCGAGGUGCUGGAGAAGCUGCUGCCCGUCGCGGAGCCAGUGAUUGACUGCGGAGCAAGUGAUCGACUGUGGGCCACGGUGGGCGCUGGCACGGCGGAGCCAGUGAUCGACUGUGGGCCGCGGUGGGCGCUGGCACGGUACCUGGAGGUGCUGGAGAAGCUGCUGCUCGUGCAGCGGGAAGCUGGACAGAACCUUCUGGGGUCGUGUGCAGGGGGGCCGGGCGGCUCGGGCAGGGGAGCGGGGGAGGGCGAGGGGGAGGUGUGGGAGGCGGUGGAGGCACUGGAGGGGCUGUGUGCACGGGGGGUGCAGCAGCUGCUGGAUGACUUCAGGGCCGCGCUGCUGGCCUGCAGCCAGCCCUUGGACACAGCAGAGCUGCAUGAGGCGGCAGCAGCAGCAGCAGCAGAAAUGGCCCUUUCUGGCCCGCUCCCUACCGCCACUGCUAAGCCCAAGGGGCACGCGCACAAGGGGGGUGGGGGGUCUGCAAGGGAAGGCGGGGAGGAUGGGGGAAGGCACUCCGCCCCCUUCCCCUCGCCUGCCCAUGCUGACAGGCAUGGCGCUUCUGGUGCCGGUGUCAGUGGUGUUGCUAGUGGUGGUGCUGCGGGUGCUGGUGAUGGGACGGGGUCGUUGGUUGGUGAUUCUGUUUCUGCGACUGGGAGUGGGACAGGGAACAGUAUUCACAGGAGUGGUAGUGGGGGCGGCGGGGGGAGUGGGAGGGGGAAGGGGAGGGAGAGGGAGGGGAGGGUGAUGAGGAGGCCCACCAAGUGGGUGGGGGCGGACAAGGCAGCGGUGGGGCUGCGGCAGGUGGUGCAGGUGCUGGCUAGAGCAGGCCACUUCGACCGCUGCUUUGACAUUUACAGGUCAGUGAGGGAGGACUGUGUGCGGGAGACAAUAAAGGCAUUAGAGGUGGAGCCUAUAAGGGGUACGGCGCACGUGAACCAGCUGCCGUGGCAGCAGCUGCAGCACAUCAUGACGGACUGGCUUAGAGACUGCCGCCUGCUGCUGCGCACGAUAAUGGAGGAGGAAUUCUCCCUCGCCACUUCCAUCUUCGGCAUACUGCACUCCACCGCACAGAACCGCACUACCAGCCGCCGGGAACCCUCCCAACUCCUGCAAACCCCUUCCUCCACCUCCUCCACCACAGCCACCAACACAGCCUUUUCCAACCCUCGCCUCCCCAGCCACCGAUCCUCCAGCAUCCGAACCACAGCCAGCAAGUCCGGGAGGUCCGGGAGCACCCGGACCUUGAGGCUCGGCGACGAGGCUGCGGCAGACUCAGGGAGGGCGAUCUCCCUCAAGAUAUUGCGGCAGGCAGGGAUGCCGCGCACGCUGUCAACGCUGAUGCACAAUGCCAACACGCUCACGGCUGCCCAGGCCACACCAGAAAGGCUUUUCCUGCUUCUCGACAUGGCUGCUACUGUAGAAGAACUCAUGCCUCAGGUGGAGCGGCUGGUGUGCUGGUCCGAUAGUGAAGGGCUGCUGGCGGAGUGGCGGGGGCUGACACGCGGCGUGGCGAAGGCGGUGCUGGGCACGUUUGAUGCUCUCACUGCCACACUGCAGGUGCCCGUGGAGCAGCCCCGGCGGAACAAGUGGCGGUUGUUCCGAGGAGAGGGCAGCAGCAGCGCCAAGGAGGGCGGGGGAGGGAGCGGGUACCCACCGGGAUGGGGUGUGGAGAAGAGUGGAAGCGUGCAUGCCGUCACCAGCUAUGUCAUCAACUACAUUGCCACCUACCUGGGCAGGAGUGCCACGUCAUCGCGGGCGUAUGGGUACGGCACGAUGCUGGAGAAGCUGCUGGAGAUGCAUGGGCAGGGGAGGAGUAUGGAGGAGGAAACGAUGAAGGUGGUUGACGCAUUAGUACGGAACAUGGAGGCCAGGGCUGGCACGUGCAACAACCCUCUUCUAAAGUCCCUCUUCCUCGUCAACAAUAUCCUCUACAUCAACCGGUUGAGUGAAAAGAUUCACCUGCCCCUGGAGAAUCAGAAGCUGCUUGAGGCCCAAUCAAAGGCCUUCAGAGAGGCCGGGCUGCAGAAGGUGACGGCAUCGUUGGGCGGGCGCGGGAGGAGUGCUGCCAUGGAGCCAAGUGAAGUCAACAGGCGCCUGCACCGCUUUAACAUAGCCUUUGAGGACCUGGCGUUGGAGCAGAAGGACUGGGUGAUCUGCGACGGCGCGUGGCGCAAGACCACGGUGCACGAGUGGGCGGCACACCUCAAGCACCUCUACGAGGAGUUCCUGGAACCCCACAGGUGUGCUGGUGAUACGUGUAACGGCAGGGCACAGGUGCAGACCAGUUUUGAGGCAGACGCCAUGAAGGCAGCUCGUGAUCAAGAUCCCACCCCGGGGCAUGAGUGCCUGCACCCGCUCUCCUCCUACCACUGGAAGGCAGGCGCCAUCAGGAACCUCAAGCACUUCUCCAAACCUACCUCCACCCCUUACCCCAUACAUACUCCCACCUCAUGGACUCUGCCCAUCCCCCCCCUCUGUGCAGUGAGUGUCUGCACUCACGCUCCUCCGAUCACUGGAAGGCAGACGCUAUGGAGCGGCUCGUGCUCAAGCACUCUUUCUGUGCGUGCACUGAAACCAACGCACCCUCCCUUCCCUUACCCACACUCUCCCACCCACUUCCUCGUCCUGUGCAGUGAGUGCCUGCACACGCUCUCGUCCUACCACUGGGAGGCAGACGCCAUGGAGCGCCUCGUGCUCAAGUCUUUCUUUGCAACCUCCAGAUGA